GACGCGGUUUGUCGCGUUUUUGGUUCACCUUUUUUUUCCCUCCACUUCUCUCACGCAACCGCCGACACUCGCCCCCCCGUCCGCCACCGCCGACGACCCUCUGACGCGUCGAGCACUGCACAUAGUGUGCGUUAUACACUCGCGCCGGUUCGGCUACCGUCGGCCGCACCACCGCCACCACCGUCGCCGAUCGCGCCUGCCAAGCUCGAUCCCCCGCGCGUGGGCCGUCGUUUUUCCCGACCGCGUUUUCGGUUUUUUCGUUUUGGGUCGUUUUAUUUUUUUUUUUUUUAUUUGUUUUAUAAUUUUUCGUCACUCUCCUCCGAUCACUUCGGUGACGAGUGUCCGUCGCGACACUCCGUGCGUCCUCCUGCUAUAGUGACCGCCAACAGUGAUCUCGUUAACCGCCGACCGAGUACCAUUACGACUACUGCAGACAAUAUGGACAUCGACGCAGUGUACCAGAAAUACGUGGCGUGCAUUCUCGAGGAUGUGCGAGCCAUCCACGGCAAGGAGAUGGUGGCCACGGGCAGCCCGUCCGUUUUCUGCUCGGUGUUGCCCGGCCACUGGCGGUCUAACAAAUCGUUGCCGAUACCGUUCAAAGUGGUCGUGCUGGAUGAGGUACCCGACGGCGCGGUCGUCGUCGUACAGGCCGGAAACGACGAGAAUCCGUCGGCCGACAUGCGGAACUACAGAGCACUAUCCGCCACUGGCAUCGCCGUCUUUAACGACCUCCGAUUCGUCGGUCGCAGUGGAAGAGGUAAGCUGUUAACACUCACCAUCACAGUUCAAUGCAAGGACCAAGCAGUGUUAGUAGCCAACUACGUAAAGGCCAUUAAAAUCACUGUCGACGGACCAAGGCUACCUCGAUCGAACCAUAGAGACGUGAUCCAUGGUUAUGGUGGCAUGUUCCCAAUGCACGGUCCCCUGCCGCCUUACGGCAUGAUCAUGGAGUACAAACGACUACUGGAGGGCGCAGCGUUGCCGGGGUCGCUCAACUACCAGUACAUAGCGGCCAAUUACUUCCAACUUCACAACGCCAUGGAAGCGUCGCAGAUGUAUUGCGACAUGCCGCCCCAGUCGGCGUUCAACUUCGCCGGCUACAACGGUCUACACGGUUUGCCGCCUACGCCGCCGAACACCGAGGAAGAGCCGACAACGGCCGCACCGGCGGCGCAGGACGACUGCGGUGGCGGAAGUAUCAUUCCCACGAAGCGACAACGACACGCUGCCGAGUCGGUUCGCGCGGUGGCCACCACGGCGGCUGCGGCCGCGACCGCGACCACGACCAGCCCCGACGACCGACUCCGGUCGGAACCGUGUAAGCGGCCUAAACGCGAGUCAGCCCCCAGCCCGGAUAUCGACAUCGUCAGUGUGGGCGGCGUCCGGUCAUCCAGCCCGGAAGUGCAGCUCAAACCCCGACAGGAGAAGAUCUGGAGACCUUACGGCGCCACCGACGAAUAGCGUCCGAAGCACACCCCUGUAAAUAAUAUCAUCGCAGAUAAUAAUAUUAUAUAUAUAUAUAUAUACAUAGUGUUAUAUUAUAACGCAAUAAUGUGUGAAGAAUCGAUUUUUGGUUCUCGUUUGUUUUUACUGAAAUAAUGUUUCUUGACGAUGUAUAUAAUAUAUUAUUGUAUAUUAUUAUAUGUAUAGACAAUCAACCGAGCAUUUAGGUUAUACGAUUCAAUGUUGUGAUAUUAGCUUUUAGGUUUAUAAACUAUUAUUAUUAUUAUUAUUAUUAUUAUUGUAUUAAUAUUUACGUCUAAAAAUGAUUUUUUUAUCAGUACCCGGGGCCUUUUUUUAUUGUAAUACAUAAUAUAUACGUCACAUUAAAUAUGUAGAAAUUUCCAAAAUAAAACCGAAGGAUAUUCUAUUUGCCCUCUUUCGGGUAAAACAACCAAUGACAAAAACGUUUUUUAUACGACUUUUUAUGACGUGCACGUACGUCGUUUAUGAAAUCGUUGUCCGUUUUUGUGAUAAAUAUAUAUAUAUAUAUAUUAUGUGUAUAGUCUGUUAUACUAGCGUGUGAAUUUGUUAAACGAAAAAUGCAU